AUGCAGUUGUCACACAUAGGUUCAACAUCGAAUCUUGUUGACACAUCAUUGGAUGAAGCUCCACCACCUAAACGCUUGAUAUUUAGCAAAUGGUGGAAUGAUUUAUUUAAAUACAGAAUGAAGAUAACUGUAUGCUGUCCAUUAGUUACGAUCCUUAUUAUAGCAAUGCUUGUUAUGUUAGCUAUUAUGGCUAUAUAUGGUAUAAAUAGUCAGCAAGUUAUCAUAAAUACUCAAACGGUUUCGACUUCUUAUUCUAUUAUCUAUGGAACUAAUACAAAAAUUGGAUAUACUUUAAAUGUUUUGGAUACAAAAGGUUUAGCAAAUAAUUUAAUGAAAACAAUCGGUCUUACAGGAAUAACCGUCAACAAUGCUCAGUUAAUUCCAUUAUUAACAACAAAUAGUACUAAAAAGCGUCAAGUAAUUCCGACGAACAUUAUUCAGUGUCAAAAAAAUCCAAAUACAACGGGUGAUUUUUUGAUAUUAACAAUAUCAAUUAAUUAUCCACAAGAUUGUGCCGCGAAUGAUUGUCGAAAAUUAUUUGAUAUUAAAGUUCAAAAUUAUAUUGACACUUUAUAUACUAAUAUGAGUUUUG